AUGCCGUUUGCCAACAACGGAGGAAACUUUCACGAAGAGGUGGACGAAGCCGAGCUUGAGAGUGCCUGUGGCAAGAGCACCAAGCUGCGGAAGGCCUUGGGUGCGGCUUACAUGAGGGAAUGCUUCAGAGCACAAGCCUUUAACAGUGACUAUGUUGUCGAGUGGUACUUGUCGAAUGCUAUACCACCCUUCAGAACUUCGCAGAAGCUGCUCGAGAAGGAGGUCUCCACCUUCAUGCAGCGUAGUCCAAACGGCAUGCUUUUGGUGCACAUGGAUGAACACAGGUCUAUGUGCCCUGAUCCAGACUUCCGCAACGGUGCCGCACUUGCAGAGCUUCCUGUUGUCCAAGUCUUGGCAACCUAUACUGACAUUCCACCAUUGCCUCACGGGUCCUCAGAAACUUGCCGACGACCGAUCGCGUGUUUGCUUCAUGCAGGAGCGCCUACUCAUGGACGACAUCGGAGAAUGAGGCUAUUGUGCAUCAUGUGGCAACAUUGCGUGUUACGCUGGGACUUGCCUUGCAAAAGCUCCUCCUUUCCGGCUUGCAUUUUCCAUCCAGUGAGACUGACCGCUCGUUCAACAAGCUAA